UAAACAUUCUUGGUAGAUGGAUUAGUUCAAAACGAAUCAAAAAUAAUUAAUGAAAAUGGAAGCAACCGCUGAAGAUACACCAAAAGACAGUGCCGAAAAUGUUCUACCUGAGAAUAAUAUCGCUGAAAAGCCGACAGCAGCUGUGCCGGAAACCUCAAGACGACCAAAACGUGAUGACCGUAACAAAAAAGAUGAAAAAACUGUUGAACAAUUCAUUAAAUCUUUAAACUCAAUUCCCACAAUGGAAGAAAAAUUAUUAGUAGUCAGCAAAAAAUAUGUACAGGCUUCCGAAGAUAAUAAAAAAAUGCAGUUUUACAUUAAACAAUCAGACAAACGCUAUGCUUUAUUGCUGAAAGAGAAGGAACAGUUGCAGUUGGAAUUCAACAAGACAAUAUUAUUAAAAUCUAAACUGGAGAACCUUUGCAGAGAAUUGCAGAAACAGAAUAAGGCGAUAAAGGAAGAGUCUCUUCUGAAAAUUAGAGAGGAAGAAGAACGCUGUAAAGAGACUCAGAGUAAAUUUCAGAACACUUUGACAGAAUUUACAACUCUACUCCAACAGAACAACGAGAAGAAUGCAAAACUUCGCGAUGACAAUAUCAGUAUGACCGAGAAAUUCAAGAGUGUUGUGACUCAGUACCAGUUGAGGGAACAACAGGUUGACAAAAUGGCAAAACAAAUGGCAUUAGAAUCUCAAUUAGCGGAUGCCAAGCUUCAGAAGGCAAGCCUCGAGCACCAAGCCGACAGAGAGAGGCUCAUGGCCGAGAUGGAACAGAUGAAGGUGAACCUAGCCCAGUACAGAGCUAAGAUAGCAGAGCUUCAGGGCACUGAAACUAGUCUGCGGUCCCAGCUGGCCGUCUACACCGACAAGUAUGAUGAGUUCCAGAACGCGCUGGUCAAGAGUAACCAGGUCUUUGGGGGGUUCAAGGAGCAGAUGGAAAAGAUGUCAAAGAAAAUAAAGAAAUUGGAAAAAGAGUCUCUCACGUGGAAGCAGCGGUGGGAGACAUCGAAGACGGCCCUCAUAGACAUGUGCGCGGAGAAGCAGGCCGGCGAGGAGCGGUCCGCCAGGCAACUACACCACAUGCAGGGCCUCUGUCGGACGCUGCAGGCGGAGCGCGCGGUGCUGCUGAGCUCGCUGAAGGAGCACGGCAUCGAGCGCCCGCCCCUCCCCGCCGCGCCCCCCGCACCCGCCGAGCCCCCCGCCGCACUCCCCGCCCCCGCGGAGCCGUCCGGGGAGAAGGUUGAAGCGUUAAAACACAGGCUCUCUCAGAUACAAGAUCAACUUAAAAUAUUGAGAGAGACGCCGCCCCCGGCACAAGAGGAACCCCCGAAGGCAGAAAAAUCAAAAAAAUCCAAAUCAAAGAAGAAUAAAGAGAAGAAAUCGCAGAGCUCACAGAAGAAGGACGCCGUCAAGCCUGAAGACAGCGCGGAGACUGAACUGCAACAUGAUGAUGAGACCGACGGGAAACUUGCAGACGUAGGGGGGGAGCCGGUCGCCGCCCCCCACUGUCCCGGACGAGCUGACAGUCCUGUCAAUAACAACUCUUGCGAUCUAGAAGCUGCCAAAUCGGACGACAGUCUAAACGUCAGUCCACUGCACGAAGCCAACAGUCCGCUACCGGAGCUAUCACUGAGCGACCUGAAAAUAGCAGCCAGCCCCCCGGGCGAAGCACCCGCAGCCCCGGGCGCCGCCACCAACGGCCUCCCGGACGCGCAGCCCGCGAGCCCCGCCGGAGACCAGCGGAGCGGCGAGGAAGUCACCACUAUCUAAUCUCAAAUCUAUCAACUGUAUAGUUUUUUGUACUUUUAUAAAUAUAUAAGAUUUUGUGAUUAUCAUUUUCAAAGUACAAAACGUGUGCCGCUAUUCGUUUAGCGUUUGUGCGACCCU